GAGUAGAUAUAACAAUUCUGGUUAAAUUAAUUUUAUUAAUAAUAAAAAAAAAAAUCCACUACACUGAAGAAAGAAGAGAAUACAGAUCGCUGAUAUUGAAGUUGUUUCCGAUCAUCGUCACCAUCAUAUCUGUUUCUGAAAUCACCAAACUGUGUUUGAUUUUACGAAACCCUAAAAAGUAAAAAUGGAAGAAGACGGUUCCAACUCAAACCGCCGCAUGUCAAGCCGAACACGAAAAGUCGCCUCCAAAAUGGUCGCCGCACUUGCUAGCUCCGACAACCGCACCCAAGCGGCUCUCGCUCGAUUGGAUGCUUUGGAGAAUGAUAAUGCCGGAUUUGAAGUUCCAGAUCCCAAUAUUGACGAUGAUGACGCUUCUCUAGACGACGAUGAUCAAGGGUUUAUGCAGAGAAAACAAUCUAAAGGCACCAAGAGAAAAACAAGACAAGCAAAAGCACUUGAAGCUAGGAAGGCUCCAAGAACGUUUCUUGAGCUCUUACAUGAUGCAAACUUAGAAUCACUGCCUCCACAUGUUCCAUCCUAUUGGAAAGCAGCUGUUGGACCUCCAAGCUCGACCGCGCGGCGUCAUUUUUGUACUGUAUGUGGUUUCUCUGCCAAUUACACUUGUGUUAGAUGUGGUAUGCGCUUUUGUUCAAAUCGGUGUCAAAAUGUGCAUAAUGAUACUAGAUGCUUGAAAUUUGUUGCUUAAUACAUUUUGGCUGAUGAUCAGUUUUUGAUAUAUGCUUGCUGUAUUAAGUUGUCAAAUGUCAUUUUUCACCAACAAUGUGUACAGAGCAAGCUGUUUAGUGAAUUGACUUUGCCAUUUUUUCCCCUUUUGAGAUUAGUGUUUUAGUUGCCGACCUGGUUCAAGCAGAAAACUGUAUAUUGUACUAAACCUAUUGGAUCUUGAUGUUCUAGGUAACCAUGUUAAAUAUGUUCUAAGUUGCUGUGGUUUACUAAUGAUGUUGGCUAUAAGAUCAUCUUUAUCUUGCUAUAAGACUUGUUCUGUUUUUACUUUGCUUA